AUGAAAUAAAAAGUAGUAUUUGAAUAGCCUUGUCCAAAACUUUUAGAUGAGUAAUAAUAUUAUCUUCAUUUAGAAUACCAUUUUAUGAAAGUGAUAGUAAAAAUUACUGGAGAAAAAUAAGAAAUGUUUGUCAUUCAGUUCGAUUAUUUUAAAUGCCACUUAUCAAAUCUAUUUCAUCACCUGUAAUAAUUUUAUCAAGAUAAAAGGAUGAAGUUACUUUUAAUUCUAAUUAAACCAAAUUUAGAUCUUGUACUUGUAUAGGUAAUUUCAAUUAAGAGUAAUAAAUGGCUAAAAAAAGAGCUGAUGAUGAUUUAAGUGAUGCAUUAAAAGCUAUAAAAAGAGAAAGAGAAUUAUUUUAUUAUGUAGAAAAAGGUAGUUCAAUUGAUCUAAUUGAAAAAAUUCUAAUGAAUGAUCCAAAAAGGUAUAAAAAUAUAAAUUAUAUAUAUUAUAUAGGUACCUUUAUGAACCAAAAAGUUCAUUUAGAUUAGUUAAUAAAAAAAAUGUAGCUGGAUUAACUCCAUUAUAUUUAGCAGCCAAAAAUGGAUUUGAAGAAAUAUGUAAAAUCUUAAUUUAAUAUGGUGCUGAUUAAAAUAUAUCAGUAUAAGUAAAAAUAGAUAUCAAACUUAACAAUUAGGUUAAUUAAAUUGAUGAUUAUCCUUUAGCUGUUGCACUUAGAUGGAGACAUUUUGAAGUUAUCUAACUUCUUUUAAAUAAUAAUCCUAAUCAAAAAGUGAAAUAGAUUUGUUAAUAAUCAAUUGAUAAAACCUUAAGAUAAAAAUACUCAAAAUAUUUUUGA